UAAACGCAACAGGUCGCAUAAGUCAUUGUGAAUAAAAUUUUUAAAUAAAAAUAAACAAAAAAAUAACAUGUUUAUGUAGCCUGUGUAAACUCUAUAAAAAUAGUUACUAGAAGAAAUUAAUAAUCUCACGAAUAACGAUCGAAAACCAAACCACGCGAGUUAUAAUUUAACGUCAUAAUUUGUUGAAUAAUUGAAUUUGUGUCAUCAAUGCAUUUUAUUUUACGUUCUCGAGUGUACGAAGAUUCAACUAAAUAAUAAUAAAGUUACAAUCACAUUGCUCGUUCUGGACGACCGACCUAAACUCUUCCAACUUGUAUUUUUUUAUAUAUACGUAUGUUCGACUUUGCGAAUAAGAGAAAAAUGCCAAUACUCGCUGAUUUAUCGCGACGACUCCGUCUCUUAACGACCGACGCGAAGCCCGAUCCACCCAGAAUUCCCUCCAAGGAUAACACCAACAAUUUGUUACCUUCGCCGAGCGACUCCAAUCAAAAAUCCCAACCAACCACACCGGACGUCAAGGACAGCAGGGAAGCUCCUAAAAACCCUCUUGACCCAAGAGGAUCGAAUUCGGACGCGAACUCGGAGGACGAGGGCGAUCGUCCGGGCUUGGGAAAUGACAGGUCUGCCAGUGGGGGUAAAAAAGAAUGGAAAGACUCGAAAAAUGCACGAUUUAAAACAAAAAUUCCCUACAAAGCUGCUCAAACAGCCAAUGUUGUAAAUUACAACAUAAUCAAUUCGAACGGUGUUAAAAUUGGAGCUACGAGAACGUACGUCUGCAAUGUAAAUCAAUGCACGAAAAAUUCGAAAGAAUCGUGCGGUACGAGCUCGACGAAAGGAAAGUUAAAAACGAUGCCAAAAACAGUUGAAGAUCUCAGCACGUGCGAACAAGAAAUAACGGUCGAUGAUAUGUUCGUUAUUAAAACCCACGUAGGUCAUGGUUGGAGAGACGUCGUCAGACGUCUCGGUUAUUCCGAAGGUCAACUCGACCAGUUUGAGGAAAACUAUAAAGAGAAGGGAAUCGACGAGGUCAUUUAUCAGGCGCUAUUGGACUGGAAACAAGCGAACACGAAAAAAGCGCAAAUCGGUGUCCUAACGAGGACACUUUGGUCCUGUCGUGAGUACGACUGCGCCGAAAGAUUAGCAGCAGCAGCAGCAGCAGUGCAACAAACUCCACCGUAGCGAUUUCUAGAAGUAUUUUAUAAAAUUGGACGAACCAUUGACAAGAAAUGAGCGACGGGUUUUCACAUAGUUUUUAUCUUGUCUCCGGUACGCAUAUUUUCGUACGUUUGCAACUGAGAAGUGCGUUAAUUUUUCGAAACUUUAGAAAUAAGCAUUAAAUUGUGCUGCCCCCAAACAUUCAAGUCUGAAAAGUUUUUCCACGUUUCAGGGGGCCCUUCAGGCCCUUCCAGGAAUAAACUUUCAAAAAAACUCGGAUUUUUUAGUAGGAAAUGAAUUCCACAAGAUCGUUCUCAUGCCCUCUCGCUUUGCCUUCAACUGUCUGGCUAGUGUGGGUGGAUAAAGAACAAGUUUUCUUGAGCUGCAAUAACUAAAAACUUAUCGGGCACAGACCUGAUAAAAAAACAGGCUUUUCGUCUCGAAAUUUGAUGCUCAAGUUAGACACCGAAAUCAAAUAAUUUUCUACAAAUUCCGAAUUACUUGUAUCAUUUGCUUAAGUUUUUAUUUCGAGUCACGACUCAACGUUUUUCUUUCCUAGAUAAACAGGAUACAGCUCUGAUACGGCUUUUUAUAAAUUACUCAAUGAUUUUUCUUAUAAAUUUAGUUUAUUUGUUCGUUCUAAUGUUUGAGGGUCAACCGUAGGCCUCGAAAAUUCAUUUUUUCUAUCACGAAUCCGAAAACAGAGUUCAAAACGAUUUCAAUCUUUUUACCAUUACCAAAUGUUCACACAUAAGAUUUUGAAGUUCAAUGAUAUCUCGUGAUCUUCGUUUCCGGAUGACAGAGCAAAAGAUAAGCUCCCGUCUGAUGAAAAUUCAAGAGCAAGAAUCUAACUUGUCCUAGAAUUGGAAAUAAAAAUUCUUCGACUGCAAAGAAUUCUGUUAGCGAACGUGGGACGGUGGAAAUCGAGAUCGUUUUGAACCCCAUUACUUAGUUACACUCACGACGAAGGACCACGGUGCCGUCUUGUAAAUUCAAAUCAUAAGAAUUUCUAGUACGUAUUUUCCAGAAUUGAAAUGUCACAGAGAAGAAGCGGUUCGAACUGAAGUGAAGGAUCGCUUAGCUUUUCCCAAUCAGUCGAACAGCGUUGGAGAUUUGAAAUUCAAUAAUUUGUAGCAUUGUGUCUUCAAUUCAUGGCAACAUGUACUAAAUUAUCGCUAGUUAUAGAAAAAAAAUAUAUGUCGAGAGUUAUAAUGUUUUUCUAAAAGUAUGUUUGCGUCUGGACGACCUUUAAGUUUGCCGUAAUUAAGUGUAUGAAAAAAUAGAGAUACUGUACUUUUCCAACGUCGUUAGAUCCAUAUGUAUAUAUAUAAAUUUAUAUAUAAAUGCAUAAAUGCGAAAUGUGAAUGAAUAUGUAUUAACAAUCA